UCUGACUAUCACGUGACGAGUUGCUGGUUGCUUGAGAUAGAAGUAGCUGGUCGCGACUUUGAGCUCCGUUGUGAAUGCAGUACAGUAUUAGCUUCCACUAACAGAAAAUAUGGUGGUGUAUAGUGCUAAAAACUAAAUGUUUGACAGUACACGCUACGUGAGGUGUGACAGUUGUUAUCCAGCCAGGUGGAGGAGCAGGUACAGUAGCUAUGUGGGUGUUCGGUUAUGGCUCUCUGAUCUGGAAGGUGGAUUUUCCCUAUGAGGAGAAGCGGAUCGGCUACAUUAUAGGCUUCAGCCGGCGCUUCUGGCAAGGCAGCACCGACCACAGGGGAGUGCCAGGCAAGCCUGGCCGAGUCGUGACUCUGGUGGAGGACCCAGAGGGUUGUGUCUGGGGCGUGGCAUAUAAGCUGCCGUCUGGCCGAGAGCAGGAAGUGAAGUGUUACCUUGACUACCAGGAGAAGGGCGGUUACCGCGUCAUCGCAGUGAACUUUCACCCCAGACCCUCCGUGACCCCCACACAACACACUGACACUCCCCCUGAACCCAGCCAGGCUCUGCUCUACAUCGGUUCUAAUGACAGCCCUGACUACCUAGGUCCCGCCCCCCUGGAGCUGAUAGCCAAUCAGAUUGUAGAUGCUGUCGGACCGAGUGGACGGAACACUGAAUACCUGUUUUCAUUGGCUGAGGCGCUGAGGACCCUCCUCCCUGAAGACUCAGACACACACCUCUUCUCUCUCGAAGACCUGGUUAGAGAGAGACUAGCACACUCACUUACUACAUGUGUGUCAGUAAACCAUCGCAGGGAUGCUGUAGAUUGUCAGUCAUGUGAUUGUCUCCAGGACCAUUCAGAGCUGGGUUAAGGUUAGGACUGUUCAGAGCUGGGUUGGGAUUGUUCUGAGCUGGGUUAGGGUUAGGACUGUUCAGAGCUGGGUUAGGACUGUUCAGAGCUGGGUUAGGGUUAGGACUGUUCAGAGCUGG